AUCCAGCUAGCUGCUCACGCCCGCCACGCCUCUCUUUGUCUCUUUCACCCAGUGACAGCGCACAGCUCCCAACCUGCUCGAAGCUCGGCUCAGCCGAUCCAGUGCGCCAUGGCCGGCCGCGAGGCAGGCGACUGCGGCGGAGAGGAGCCGGCCCGCGAGAUCCCCGACGACAUCACGGGCGAGAUCCUGCUCCGCCUGCCGUCGCGCUCGGCGCUGGCGCGCGCCGCGGUGGCGAGCUGCGCCUUCCACGCGCUCGUCGCCUCCCCGCGCUUCCUCCGCCGCCACCGCUCGCUGCAUAGGGAUCCCGGAUCGCUCCUCGGGGUCUUCACCUUCCCUCUCGUCCCCGACGGCGGCAGAGGUGGAGGCGACGGCUCGGGCUUCCACCCCACCGAGCCCCCGCACCCGGCGGCGUCCACCGCCAGCGCCGUCGCCGCUGCGGCCGACUUCUCGUUUGGGUUCCUCCCAGCGGACCCCUCCGCCACGGCUGGGUCUGAGGCUGCCGAGUGGAUGGUCCGGGACUACCGCGACGGCCGCUUCCUCCUCGACCGCGUGCCUUCGGGAACCGGGAGCACCGUCUUCACCGAGCUCGCCGUCUGCGACCCGCUGUCCCGACGCUACGUCCUGCUCCCGCCCAUUCCGGAGGACCUCGCCGACACCGUCCACAGCGUGCUCACCGUCUUCGGCGGCCGCCGCGCGUGCGAGCCCUUCCUCGCGCCCGCCGAGACCUGCGGCGCGGACGACGUCGACGCGGACCCACCUCUCACCGUGUUCUGGACGGCCCGCUCCCCGAGGAAGAUGGUGGCCUUCGCCUUCUCGUCGCGCGACGGACGAUGGCGUGCGCUCGAGUCGCCGAACUGCUUCAUCUGGCGCAGGCACCGCUCCCCGUUCAGCUGCCCCAUGGCCCCCAUCAGCACCGUCUGGAACCGCCGCCACUACGCGCACGGCUGCUUCUACUGGGUGGACUGCCUCACCAGCCGCUGGCUCGUGCUCGACGGGCGCACCAUGGAGCUCUCCCUCGCGAUGAUCCCGUCGCCGGCCGGCUACUGGGAGGAGCACGUCGCAGUCGUGGAGGCCCCGGACGGGAAGCUUGGCGUAUUCGCGCACGGUUUCCACCACCCCGACGGCAAAGCCAAUCUACACUACUAUACGAUCGUGCACGACAAGGAAGCCGCCGGCGACACGAAGCGGUGGCAGCUGGAGAAGACGAUCCAGCUGCCGUGGCCGUCAGACCACCGGUCUUUCUGCCUCCGGGGCACGGCCAACGGGUGCCUCAACGUUGGCCUCAUCAUUGAAGUCGGCGAGAAGAAGUCGGUAUUCAUGGGAAGCCACCGCAUCAGGGACGCCGAGCUAUUCAAGAUCGACGUCAAGAGUUUCCAGCUCCAAAAGAUCUGCCGAGCACGGUGCGCCGGCAGUGCUGCCGGCGAGUGCUGCUGGCCAUACUUCGGCUUCCCGCCGUCGCUGUCCUUGCCCACUGUGUGAGAAGCUUGAUGUUACUGAGACAAAAUGAAUUAUGUUACAGCUUCAGAGCCGUCCGUCUGUAUGUAACAUGUAUAAGCAACACUUGUACUCGUCCAGUUUGUUUACAAAUGCAACGCAUACAUACAUAC